UUAUCGCGAACUCUCAGACCGGAAGUGAUGCAGCAGCAGCAUCAGCAGCAUCAGCAGCACCAGCUUGCCUGUGGUGCGAAGAUGGCGGCUUACAGAUACUCGCGGCCCCCGCUGCUCGCUCCGCUGCUGCUGACGUGCGUGUGUCUCUGCGGCCUCGGCUCCGUCCUCGGCUCCAAGCCCGCCGGAGUCCCGGCGGAGCUCCCCGACCCGCCCGGCCUCAGAGCCGCGGACCCCGCGGGGAAGGAUGCACCUGCUCCCGCCGCCGCCGCCGCCGCUGCCGCUGCGGUCGUUGGGGCCUCUCAGCCUCGAAGGGCGACCGGCUGGAAGCUGUCGGAGGAGGCGGCCUGCCGGGAGGACAUGUCCCGCUUCUGUCCCAAGCACACCUGGACCAACAACCUGGCCGUGCUGGAGUGCCUGCAGGACCGCAGAGAGGAAUCUGAGCUCGCUCCUGACUGUAACCACCUGCUGUGGAACUAUAAACUCAACCUGACCACGGACCCAAAGUUCGAGUCGGUGGCCACGGAGGUCUGCAAGAGCUCCAUCGCCGAGAUAAAGGAGUGCAACGAGGAGGAGCGGGGGAGGGGCUACCUGGUGUCCUGCCUGGUGGACCACCGCGCCAACGUCAGCGAUUACCAGUGCAACCAGUACGUCACCAAGAUGACCAGCAUCGUCUUCAGCGACUACCGGCUCAUCUGCGGCUUCAUGGACAAGUGCAGAGACGACAUCAACCGGCUGCGCUGCGGCAGCGUCAACGUGGGACACAAGGACGUCCACUCCCAGGGGGAGGUCAUCUCCUGCCUGGAGAAGGCGCUGGUAAAGGAGGCGGAGCAGCAGGAUCGCUCUCGUCCAAUCAGAGAGGAGUGUCAGAAGGCCAUCCUGCGGGUGGCAGAGCUGUCAUCGGACGACUUUCACCUCGACCGACAUCUGUUCUUCUCCUGCAGAGACGACCGCGAGAGGUUCUGUCAGAACACUCAGGCCGGAGAAGGAAAAGUCUACAAGUGUUUGUUCAAUCACAAGUUCGAGGAGGCCAUGUCAGAAAAGUGCCGCGACGCUCUGACCACCCGUCAGAAGCUCAUCUCCCAGGACUACAGAGUCAGUUACUCGCUGGCCAAAGCCUGCAAGACGGACCUGAGGAAGCAGCGCUGCAGCCUGGACACCAACCUGCCGCGGGCCCGCGAGGCCCGGCUGUCCUACCUGCUGCUGUGCCUGGAGGCCGCCGUGCACCGCGGUCGCCCGGUCAGCGGCGAGUGUCAGGGCGAGAUGCUGGACUACAGGCGGAUGCUGAUGGAGGACUUCUCCCUGAGCCCGGAGAUCGUGCUGCACUGCCGGGCGGAGAUCGAGGGCCACUGCUCGGGCCUCCACCGCAAGGGCCGCACGCUGCACUGUCUGAUGAGGAUCGGACGCGGCGACCGCAGCGCCACCGUGGACGGCGUCUGCCAGAGCGCCCUUCAGACUUUGAUCCAAUCCGUCGACCCCGGAGCCGACUACCGGAUCGACCGGGCCCUCAACGAGGCCUGCGAGUCCGUCAUCCAGACCGCCUGCAAGCACAUCCACAACGGAGACCCCAUGAUCCUGUCGUGCCUGAUGGAGCACCUGUACACAGAGAAGAUGGUGGAGGACUGUGAACACCGCCUGUUGGAGCUGCAGUAUUUUAUUUCCAGAGACUGGAAAUUGGACCCCGUGCUGUACAGGAAGUGUCAGGGUGACGCCGCCCGCCUCUGCCACACACACGGCUGGAACGAGACCAGCGAGCUGAUGCCGCCGGGCGCCGUCUUCUCCUGCCUGUACCGCCACGCCUACCGCAGCGAGGAGCAGGGCCGCCGGUUAUCUCGGGACUGUAAGGUGGAGGUUCAGAGGAUUCUCCACCAGAGGGCGCUGGAUGUGAAGUUGGACCCAAAGCUGCAGAAACUCUGCAUGACCGACCUCGGGAAGUGGUGCAGCGAGAAGACGGACGCUGGACAGGAGCUCGAGUGUCUCCAGGACCACCUGGAGGACCUGGUCUCCGCCUGCAGGGAGGUCGUGGGCAACCUGACCGAGCUGGAGUCAGAGGACAUCCAGAUCGACGCUCUGCUCAUCCGAGCCUGCGAAGCCGUCACUCAGGCCCACUGCCAUGACGUAGCUGACAUCCAGAUCGAUACCGGGGACCUGAUGGAGUGUUUGGUUCAGAACAAACAUCAGAAGGAGAUGAACGACAAGUGUUCGGUCGGCGUCACCCACUUCCAGCUGGUCCAGAUGAAGGACUUCCGCUUCUCUUAUAAGUUCAAGAUGGCCUGCAAGGAGGACGUUCUCCGCCUGUGUCCAAACAUCAAGAAAAAGGUGGACGUGGUCAUCUGCCUAAGCACCACAGUGAAGAACGACACGCUGCAGGAGGUCCGAGAGCAGCGUGUUUCACUCAAGUGUCGGAAACAGCUGCGGGUGGAGGAGCUGGAGAUGUCGGAGGACAUCCGGUUGGAGCCGGAGCUCUACGAUCCCUGUAAGUCUGACAUCAGCCGGCUGUGCCCCAACGUGGCCUUCGGCAACGCCCAGAUGAUCGAGUGUCUGAAGGAGCAGAAGAAGCAGCUCAGUCAGCGCUGCCAUCAGAGGAUCUUCAGGCUUCAGGAGGUGGAGAUGACUGACCCUGAACUCGACUACCAGCUGAUGAGAGUCUGCAAGCAGAUGAUCAAGCGUUUCUGCACCGACGCCGACGCCAGGAGCCUCCUGCAGUGCCUGAAGCAGAACAAGAACAGCGAGCUGAUGGAUCCAAAGUGCAAGCAGAUGAUCACCAAGAGGCAGAUCACCCAGAACACGGACUACAGGUUGAACCCCGUGUUGAGCAAAUCGUGUCGAGCCGACAUCCCCAAGUUCUGCCAGUCGAUCCUGAACAAAGUGACGGAGGAGAGCGAGCUGGAGGGUCAGGUGAUCGGCUGCCUGAAGCUCAAGUACGCCGACCAGAGGUUGUCUCCAGACUGCGAGGACCAGAUCAGAGUGAUCCUCCAGGAGUCGGCACUAGAUUACAGACUGGACCCUCAGCUACAGGUGCACUGCACAGAUGAGAUCUCCAGGUUGUGUGCGGAGGAGGCGGCGGCUCAGGAGCAGACGGGUCAGGUGGAGGAAUGUCUGAAAGUCAACCUGCUGAAAAUCAAACAGGAAGCCUGUAAAAAGGAGGUCCUGAACAUGCUGAAGGAGAGCAAGGCCGACAUCUUCGUGGACCCGGUGCUGCACACGGCGUGCGCUCUGGACCUCAAGCACCACUGCGCCGCCAUCACGCCGGGCCGAGGAAGACAGAUGUCGUGUCUGAUGGAGGCGCUGCAGGACAAAAGGGUUCGUCUGCAGCCGGAGUGCAAGAAACGACUUCAAGACCGCAUCGACAUGUGGAGCUACGCCGCAAAGGUGGCGCCGGCGGAGGGCUUCUCGGACCUGGCCGUGCAGGUGAUGACGUCGCCCUCCAAGAACUACAUCCUGCUGAUGAUCGCGCUGAGCGUGUGCGUGCUCUUCCUGGUGGGGCUGCUGUGCGGUCGCAUCACCAAGCAAGUGACGAGAGAACUGAAGGACCGGUAGAGGGCCAGAGACAUGACUCCUCCCACCUCGCUCUGACUCCUCCCCCUCCUGCAAACCAGCCAACGCCAGCAACUACAUGCGGAGCUCCUCAAUUUAUUCUGCUGCAGCCGCUGCUGAAAAUUUGCAUCAAAUGCAAAUCAGAAAAAAAACUCUUCAAAAAUCCUCAUUUGGGCGCAAACUGAUCUUUUCAUUUUAAAACCGCCCUUAGUUCCCGUCCGGAGGAUGUUUGGAGCGGUCGGAUUGGAUCCUUUGUGAGCCUGAGGUCAUGUUUCUUCCCUGCCUGAUAUUUAACUGAAGACUGGAGCAUGAAGAGCAGCAGGACGUCGCUCACAGAAACUCAAACCUUCGGGUUUCAAAUCUUUAUGACGUGCUUGGUAAACCUUUUUCUUUUUUCUCGUCGUCCCAUCCUCGUUCAGCCGUCCACGUCAACAUUUGGGAUUUUUCUGGAUGGUCUUGCCAUGCGCCGCCCCCCCCCCCCCCCCCCCAACACAAUCCGUCAUGUGACACAGAAACUUUUACACCCAAACAACAGUUUCAAAACAGCUGGUUUUCUGUAAAGUUCCUUUAUUUUCAACUUUCAUAGAUGUCAUGCUGUUGCUAACGGUGUUAGCAUGUGAAGCUAAGUUUCAUCACCCCGACUAAAAAUUAAAAGGGGUUUACACUCCUGCAUGAGCACAAAUGGUAAAUAAACUAAAUGAAUCCUAGCUUAGCAUAGAGGCUGGAGUCUGGCACAUAAAGCAGGCUACGCUUCAGGGUGGGGCUCCCUGGUGAUUGACAGGUCUCUCUACCACAUACGUAGCGUAUCCAAGUCACUUCCUGUUCACUGGUUGCAAAAACCAAGAUGGCGCAUCACCAUGACUACGUCCACUUCUCAUACAAGGUCUGUGGUUGAUAGGAGCACUGUUUACUUUGGACAGUCAUGCUAGCGCUCUCCAGUUUCAUGCUAAGCUAAGCUAAUGGCGCCCUUGACUCCGGUCUUUAAAAACCAGCUGCUGCCUUUAAAAAUACAUUUAAAACGGCUUUGGCUGCAGCUCUAUGAUCUGAAAUCAAAGAUGAGAUAUCUCAUAUAUAUAUAAUCUCAUCUCUGAUUAAACAGAUGUGACCCACGUGAGCAGAAACAUCUGUACUGGGUGACUUUAACCAGGCCAAACAGACUUAACACAUUAGUUACAUUAAUUGCAAAAACACAACAAAUAGUUCAAUCAAACAACAAAGGAAAGAAUGUUUGGUUUUUGGAAACUUGGCUAUAAGAUGUUUGUCUUUUACUUUGAUGGACUUUUGAGAAAUAAGCAUGUUUUUUCUCCUACAAGCGAAUUACUUAGUAAAGAAGUGCCAACAUUGUUUUUUUCUGCUUGAAUAUUUAAUUUUGCACUUUAACUCGUGCCACAUCUGCGUUGAGGUGACAUCACAACAAGCCCGUCUCAAUUUGUGAAGAAAAAAAAAACAGAAGCUCAGCUUUUGUUUUUAUUAAACAUUUCACAACGUUUUGGUUAAAAUAAUGUGAAUGAUUUAAAACCUGAGUUAAACCGAUGAAUAGUGUGAAUAAACCCAAUGUUUUCUGCUUAUUUACAAACGUUAAUGGAGCUGAAGAUUUAUUAUUCUGAAAUAUUGGUGAAAACUCUGGUUUUUCAAGCUGAAAGCUGGCAGGAAACAAAGAUGGCCGCCUUCACUGACAGUGGUGUGCUUUUUCCUUUUUACAUAAUAUUACUAUGUGAAACGACGACGUAAGAGAUUUAUCAUUGUGAAGUUUGAUUUCGUUGUACAGAUAUAAAUUUGUCAAUUUAAUAAACCUGUCUGCUGAUUUUUUGUA